AUGUCCACCACCCCAACAAUACCCGACACACGGGUUCUCGCUGUGGCAAGCCAUGUUGUCUCUGGGUAUGUCGGUAACAAGAUUGCCGUCUUCGUGCUACAGUCUUUGGGAUGUGAUGUCGCGGCUCUCAACACCGUACAGUUCAGCAACCACACUGGAUAUAAGCAAUGGAAGGGAACGAGAGUCUCAGCACAGGAGAUCAUGGAUCUCUGGGAAGGACUGAAGCAGUCUUACCUGGAUGAUUUUGAUGUGAUGCUUUCUGGAUAUAUCCCAGGCGCUGCAGCCGUCGAGACGGUCGGUAAGAUAGGCCGUGAACUCAAGGAAAAGUCAAGUAAAGCACCUGGCAAGUUCUUCUGGGCUCUCGACCCCGUCAUGGGUGACAAUGGAAAGAUCUACGUCUCCGAAGAAGUGGUGCCAGCAUACAAGAGGCUCAUCCACGAUGCGGACCUGAUUCUUCCAAACCAAUUCGAGGCCGAGCUGCUUUCAGAAGUCAAAAUCCAUGAUAUGGACAGUCUCCGAAAGGCCAUUCAAGUGCUCCACGACAAGUACAAGAUUCCUCAUGUCGUCAUUACUUCAGUCAACCUUGAGGCACCAGACCAUCCACCUUCGCAUCUCUCUGUUAUUGGUUCAACAAUGACAUCUACUGGCAAAGCUCGUUUUUUCAAGAUUGUCUUCCCAUCAAUCGAUUGUUAUUUCAGCGGUACAGGCGACAUGUUUGGCGCUCUUAUGGUAAUCCGCAUGCGUGAGGCUGUCUUCAAUGCUGACGAGCGGUUGCGGCAUACCGCCAGCUGGCUUAGCGACGAUUCGGUAUCGGCUGUUGAACUACCUCUUGCACGCGCUGCAGAAAAGGUCCUAGGUAGUAUGCAUGAGGUUCUAUCCAAGACCUGCGAGGGCAUGAAGAGGGUGGUUGAACGAACAACCGACGACAUGAAAGAUGAGGAUCGAAUUGACGAAACUAAGGCGCACCUCGUAAAGAGUAAAGCGGCAGAGCUUCAACUUGUGAGGAAUCUGGACUGCUUACGCUCACCCACGACGCGAUACCUUGCGAAGGCCAUUUAG